GGAGCCGAGUGCUUUCAGCGCUUCGCCGAGCAGCCCAAGUACACGGAGGUGAAUCCGCGCGAGGAUGCGCUACUCACGUGCAAAGUAAUCGAUAUGCGUGGCUCCUGCUCCUGGCAGAAGGAUAACAAGCCCGUGGGCAUCUAUCUAAAGAAAUACGAAUGGGCACGUCCCUUGGGCGGAAAUGGCGCCUUACAUCUGGAUCUGCAUCCGCCCCCGCCCAGCGGCGGCGACUGCUCCCUGUGGAUACGCUCGGCCACCUUGGACUUUGACGACGGCCUCUGGGAGUGCCAAGUGACCGCCAGUGAUUUUACCGCACAAGAUGCUUUGACCAGUCAACCGGUGCGAUUGGUUGUACGUGUGGCGCCGCAACGCCCGCGUCUGGAGUUCGAAAGCGCUCCAUUGCCGCCGGGACACAACAUUACGGUGGACGCUGGCGCCGUGGCGACUGUGAAAUGUGCCUCGCAUUAUGGUAAUCCGCCUGCAACGCUCAAAUGGUAUUUGGGCGACCAGGAAAUCUCGCCCAUGCACCCGCAGCUGAAUGCCACCGAGCCCGAUAAUCCACGCACCUGGUCAGCCACCUCGGUGGUGCAGGUGUCCGCGAUGCGCGAACGCCACGGCGACAUUCUGCGCUGCGUGGCCUUCCACGAGAACUACGAGGCCAAAUCGGUGCCAGUGGAGGCCCGCCUAGAUGUCAAGUAUGCGCCAACCAUUCGUCUAAUUGGCUCGCCGGAAAUCGACUUGGAAGAGGAUAAGGAUGCGCUUGUGCUGCGUUGCGUGGCCGAUGCCAAUCCGCCGGCCAGCAUCGUCUGGCGACGUGCCGGACGCUCCGAGAUAGCCAGCUUGCAGGAAACGCUGCAAUUGCGUCCUGUCGGACGGCGAGACGCCGGACUGUACACCUGCCAGGCGCAGAACUCGGUGGGCACCUCGGAGCAGCUGUCGGUGCAACUGGACGUGAAAUAUCCACCGAAAAUUAUUUCAGCCGGCCCGGACCGCCUCACCACAGCACCGCUCUUCAGCCCCGCCGCCUUCGAGUGCGUCGCCGAUGGCAAUCCCAUGCCAGCCUACAAAUGGGUCCAGAGAAUCUCGCAUGGAUCGAAGUACGUGGAGCGGGGCAAUGAGCCGCGCCUGGUCAUCGACAACGUCACCUACGAGUACCAGGGCGAAUACGAGUGCCGCGCCACCAGCUACAUCAAUGGCCAGGAGCGGGUGGCCAUAUCCGAUCCCGUCUCCCUGCAAGUUGUGGGUGCUCCGCAGGUGCUUCGCCUGCAUCCCUCCAUGCACACAGUGUCCGUUAAGCGUGGCGAGCCAGCCAGCCUGACGAUGGUCGUCUGCGCCGAUCCACGGCCGCAGCUCGUGGCCUGGGAGUGGGGCUCGCUGCGCCUGGAGGCCGGCACGGGCAUAGAUCGCUUUCGGGCCGACGACAUGCUCACGGACUCGCGCGAGGACUGCUACCUGUCGACGCUGCACAUCCACCACACGGACGAGCACGACUCGCGCCCCUACUACCUGGUGGUGGAGAACGAGCGGGGCACCGAUCGCCAUGCCAUUCAUUUGAUUGUGGAGGGUACGUUUGCAGAACCUCUGGAGAUGAGCUACUUGCUGGGCGUCGCCGGCGGCUGCAUGGCCGCCAUUCUGAUCCUGAUCUGUCUGUGCAUCUACGCCGUCAAGAGCAAAAAGUGCUGCUUCAAGGGUUCCACGGGCUAUAAAUCAUCGGAUAAGGACAGCGAGAAGGCUGAUUUGAAAUCACGGUCGGAUAGCACCAGUGGGCCCCAAGGUGAUUCGAUUUACACAACGCCUGCCGGCUUCCAUCAUCACCAGCAACAGCAGCAGCAGCAGCAGCAGCAACAGCAGCAGCAGCAGCAGCAGCAGCAGGAGUUGUCAGAGAACAAGCCACCGGGUAUUGAGGGUAAAACUCUGCUCGACUUGAAUGCGGGGAGCAGGGAGUUAGAGGGUAAUCAGGUAGCUGAUCACAGCUCGAGUGCAGAGGACAAUAAGCCAGUGGACGGGCAGCUGAGUGUCGAGGAGACGCAGCUCCUGCUGCAGAAGCUGAGCAUCAACAAUCCGUUCUAUCGCUUUCGCAAGCAGAGCAAUUCGCUGCGCGAGCUGCGCCGCCUGCAUCGCCAGAUGCGCCGGCAUAGAUCCGAGACGGAUCUGCAGCACUCGGCGCACCAACACCAACAGCCACACCUACACCAACACCAACACAAUGAAGCCAAAGUUGUAGUUGUAUUAGAUCGUAAGCAGAACAUAGGGUUAAGUAGCUGUAAACAAGGUAUGAGUAGCACUAAGACUAGAUCCGUAAGCAGCCUUAUGCCCGACAACUCGACGGUGAUCACGAAUCCGUUCUCCAUCUUUCACGACGACGAGAUCCUCACUCUGGGCGUUAAUCCGCGCCUGCGCAGCGCCAGUGCAGCGCGCCCGCAGCGCAGCGGCAAGGGUCUGCGCCGGCUCUUCGAUAGGCAGCCAAAUGCCGUACCGGCCACCACCGCCCACCACCAGCAGUUCCUGCACGGCGUGCCCGUGCGCCGCUUCGAGCGCCAGGACUUCGAUCAGGCGACGAUGGGCGCGGCGCAUAAGCCGAAGCGCACGAAGGCGAUCUUCAAGCAGCUCUCGCUGCGCCGCCUGCACAAGCCGGAAGAGCCGCCCUCGCUGCCCAAGCUGAAGCUCAGCUACCGCUAUCCGAAUCGCACGCAGAGCAUCCAGAGCAUGCGCGCCGCGGGCAGCGGGGGCUACGACAUCCAGCACGCGCCCUACCGACCGCGCCUCCACGUCUCCACCACGCCCAAGUCCAACUACUUCGAGCGGCUGCAGGCGAAGACGAGGCAGGGCAUUCAGAAGAUACGGGACAAGUGCCGCAACUUCAAAGCCAGUAGCGGCGAUGCGAGCAGCAGCAACGGCGGCGACUUCAGCGGCUUCCACACGCUGGCCAAGGACGAGAGCUUCCGCUUCAUCAGCGACCGGGCACACAUCUCCAGCUACGAGUCCCGCUGCGCCGCGGCCCACGCCGCCGGAAAGCAGGCGACGAUCUACAAGAGCUACAAGUCGGAGAUCGACCUGAGCAAGAAUUUGCACUACCUGGAGCACUACCUGGAGCAGAACUUCGAGCAGCAGUUGGGCAGCAGCCGGAAGUCGGCGCACUCCGUGGGCCGCAUCAGCGGCACCCAGCGCCGCGCCCUGUCUAGCGCGCAGCGCAUUCGCGAGACAGAAACGGAAACGGAAACGGAGGGCGGGAGACCGCCAGCAGCUGCGGGCACGCCGCGGCGACGGCACAAGCGCAGCCAGUCGCAGGCCAACAGCCAGAUGGCGGCUAAUUACGAGAAUCUGGGAACGCUGCCAAUAUCCGGACGUGGGGCGGGGCGCGGCAAGGCGCAGCAGGUCUUCCACUCGGACUCGUUGAGCAGCUCGGACUAUGCGUCCGUGUUCAGCGGGCCCACAGUGACCAAACGGGCCGAGACGACUUUGCAGCAGGACGAAGAGGAGCAGCAGAAGCAGCAGCAGGAUACAGAGUCUGCGCUCAAGCUGCGCUACGAGCACCCGGAUAAAAUGUGCGAAUACUACUUCGAUAAUCUGAACAGCUACGCGCUGGCCUUGGAGGAGAGCGAGGACCUGCUGCUGGCAGAGAGCGCCAAGUCAGCGCGGCUCUUCUACUACGACGGCGAGGACGAGGCGCAUGACGUUAAUGAAGGCGCAGGCAUUGAGGACGACGCUGACAAUGACGAUCUAGUGCCCGCUGUCGAGCCGGACUACAUGACGCGCGACAUUCGCAUUCGCGUCAACGUCAACGAGUGCGAAGAGCACGCUGAUUGGUACCAGCGCCAGCAGGAGCGGCAGCAGCAGCAGCAGCAGUUGAUGACGACAUCGUAUGAUGAGAACUUGGCGGAGAGCACAUUCUAUCAGUCACUCAAUCAGCACUUGCAGCGACAAGACGACAGGCUCAAGCCGGAGCCGGAGCAGGAGACGGUGUCGGGGUCAAGGUCGGUGGCUGAGUCGAUGGCUUCCUCCUUGGAAGGCGGCGAGAGCUACUUGGCGCACUUCCAGCGCAGUCGCAGCGACUUUGAGCGGAUCGAUCGAGGUAACCAGCUGCGCCCGAACGCCGACAUCGACCGUAUGUAUGAGCACGGCGAGUACUACAGCUUUGGCGGCGACCCGGAGCUGCUGCAUUCCACCAAGCAGCGACGCGCAGACCUCAUGGAAGCGCAUUACUCGCGCGGCUAUCCCACAGCAGCAGCAGCAGCAGGAGCAGCAACAACGAGUCAGUUUGUGGAGCGUACACUGCGUGGUGCUUCAACAGCAGGAGACGCACCACCGACUGCAACCACAAUGCCGGCAGCUAACGGUGGCGCACUGGCUUUGGCUAGGCCAACCAGCGAUGCGCUCUACGCCACCAGCAGCAAACAGCAGCAGUUGCAUCUGCGACCAGCAGCCAGUGUCAUGGGAGCGACAACAUCAACAGCAGCAGGAGCAGCAGCCACAGAGGCAACUGCGACGCCUGUGGCUGCCCCAUCAGCUGGAAACGCAAACAGCAAUACGAGUGCAAAUAAUCGCUACAUGUUGGAGAAUCUGCGCAAAUACUACGCAAAUCAGCAGCAAUAUCCGCCCGCACACUCGCUCAACUCCUCCUCUUUAUCCAAUUCAUCAUCCUCGAACUCGUCCGUGUCGCAGCAGCAGAAGCUACAACUGCCCAACCACAUCUCUAAACACCAGCAGCAGCAGCAGCAGCAGCAACAGCAACAGCAGCUGCGUCGCAACUCGAGCACCUCGAAUGCCUCCUCGACAGCGGACAAUUUUGACACAUUCAUUGCGCUGCGCCAGGCCGACUACAUGGCCCCCAAAGGGUCCCAGCAACAACAGCAGCGUCGUAGUCAGCAUCAGAGUGGGUCGGGCAAGGCACCGCUAAUCUCGGCGCUCAACUAUUACGGGCAUGGCCUGUCCGACAGCGGCAGUGUCCUCACAUACAAUGGCAAAUUAUCGGCAACCGCAAUGUUGUCACAAGUAAAUUUGGGCAGAUCAACAGCGCUGCAUCAGCAACAUGCCGCGACACCCGCAGCAGCAACGGCAGCAGUGACAGCAGCAGCAGCAGCAGCGGCAGCAGCAAAGCCUGCAGCUGCUGCAGCAGCAGCAUCCGAGAGCUUCAUAGUGGAAUAUGAGUGUUAGCGCACGAUUAAAUUACUAUUGAUCCAUUGGGGCCAGGUGCAAAGCCUGUUCGCUGUGGGUGGCUGAUGGCUUUAACCACUCGACAACGAAUUGCGAAUUAUUUCACCAGCUAUUCGAUAGUCCGUUCUAUCCGCCCCACUCUCUCGCCCUCUCACUCUAUCUAACCAGAUUGAGUUUUGGCCAAAAUUACACUUACAAAUUGUAAACGCAACUGAUUGGAUUAGCUUCGUCGCCCGGCCACAGACUCCAGCGCCAGCAACAGACUCGAUAUAUACAUAU